AUGAAUUCCCGUGUGGUGCUCUACCUACUCGUCUUCUUUCCCCUACUAACUAUGGCCAGUUGGCCGCCACUGACUUGCGAUCGAGGGACCGAAUUUCUACCUCGCCAUCUGAUAUCUGGGGCCGUUCGAGAGCCGAAAUUUGAAAACCCCUCCAACGUCACCUACGAGCCACAGGCCCAGCCACAACGGCUGAUCGACCCAUUUUACCGGGAUACGCACCCGUUCCUCUACGACGACCUGGGCCGAGUACUACGACCGGACGUCACGAUGACGGUCGCCCUGGAGAGCUACGAAAAAGCUAAAACCUCGGCUAGCUUCCACUGCGGCACCGUGUUCGUCCCCGGCUCGAUCGACUUCCUCUCGGGUUUUGUCAGCGGGUUCUGUCCGCAUGUUUACGACCAAGUCGACGCGGCCUGCUUCAUACACGACACGUGCUACGACGUCGACCCGAUGCCCGUCGAGCGGAAGACGUUUUGUGAUCGACUCUUCUGCAACCACCUCGCCCGCAUCUCCGACCAGUCCUGGGGCUGCCAAUGGGCCACGGCGGCCAUGUGCCAAGCUGUUGAGCUGUUUCCCUACGCGAUGUUCGAUGCGCGGAUGCGUGAAGAACCA